AUGUCAGGAGGUUUUCUGAUGGAGGCUAAAGAAAGAUUGCGUCUCGAUUCUGCAAGAACGAUACUUAAUUUAUUGAAUGAAAUUGAGAGUCCAGAAGAAUCUGAAAGUGAUAUGGAAGUUUUGCCAGAAACAAACCAAGUAAUUUCAAACAAUACUUUGAUGGAGAUUUUAGAAUCCACUGACUGUACUAACAGUUUCACAGAUGAUUGUUUAAGAGAAAAUACUACUGCUGGUCCUUCAAAUUCCCCACAGAAUAAUUUUCCGCCAACUGAUAUUGAUAAACUAUUAAUAAAUGUGACACCAGAUUCUAACACGGUAGAAGUUGAUGACAGAGCUGAUUUUGAUGAUUCGGAUGCAGACCCAACUUAUCUCGAUGGCGACAAAAUAAUCCUGAAAAUGGAAAAAAGUCAUUCGCAAAAAGCUCUGUAA